CCCUGAACGGAAGCAGUUUUCCAUUGUUUCCGGACAAACAAGUGAGAGUCACCAAGAACAUUUCCACGGUGGAUAAGCACCAGAGUGCCAACAUUUUAUCAGGCAUCAGUGACGUGCUGGGACUGUCCAAGCUGGUGUCCAGCCGAAACAAUCAAGAGGGCGAAUCCAAGUUAUCCAAAUAAACGUUGUAUGUUGGUGUAAGAUUAAAGCGAUUUUGCUGUU